UGUCGCUACCAAGGACCUGCAGCCUGAUGAAGUCAUCCUCCGUGUUCCCGAGCACCUGCUCCUCACCACCCGCAGCGCACUGCGUGAACCCCACUUCACCACCGCUCUGUGUCGCUGCUACCCCUCCUUCAACCCUUCCUUACCCUCCUCCUCAGCGCCGCACACCUCUCCAUCCCCAGCCCCCAGCACCAGUCACCGCAGCAGCACCACCACCCCAUCACUCCUGCCCCUAAGCCCUCACCAGCUGCUAGCAUGCCACCUGCUUCACGAGGUUUCCAAGGGCCCGGAUUCCUUUUGGUGGCCCUACCUCAAGCAGCUGCCUCGAUCCUACACCUCCCUGCUCAACUUCAGCCCGCAGGAGACUGCGGAGCUGCAGCUGCGGCACGCGUGUGAUGUGGCAGCGGAGGCAGCGGAGAAGGCACGGGAGGAGUGGCAGGGCGCGCUGCCGCUGCUGCAGGAGCUAGGUGGGUGGGGGCAUGUGCGAUUGGGCGUGUGUGUUACAGAAACUGGUCAGGAAUCGGAACGUACUGUGUGAAUGCCGAAAUAUGAUGUCCCUCCCACAGAGAUGAUGUUGUCCUCGUUGGGAUUGCGUGUGUACCGGUAUGAGCGAGAAGGACGAGAGGAGAGUCUUUACAUGCCAG